GUGUCGCUCUGGCCAGGGAGCAGAGCACACUUGAGAGCAAAACUUACGCAGUUAACCAUGAAAGCCUUCAUUGCCUUGUUUGCCCUUUUGGCUGCCGUUGUGAUUGCUGUGAACGGAGACGCUGGUCGCUCGGCCUGUCAGGAUGAGACCGAGGUGGGACAGACGUAUCCACACCACUUCGAUCCGGCCAAGUAUUGGCUGUGCGAGGAACUGAAUGUUGCUGCCACCGAGGUGGAUUGCCCCACUGGAUUAGCUUAUAUGCAUUAUCUGAAGGAGUGCAUCCCAUGGGCCAGCUACAUCUGGAAGAAGCCAGAGUUCCCACCAACUGUUGCCUAACUUCCUCACCAAAAAGGUGCUCAAUAAAAGAAAUAAAUAAAAAACAUUUUAACAGCA